CUCGUUUCGGUGCUCCCCCACCGCGCCGCCGCAGCGAUUGUCGUUGACGUUGCCAAUGGCUCUUCUUCGCUGUAUACGCCGUGAAAUUCCACCACAUCGCCACUCGACACCCAGUGCUAAACUAACUAUCGUCGCGUUUACAUCGCGUACCAUUACGCCUUUACGUAGAGGCGCGCGCGCGCAUAGUAUAGACGCACGGAGUCAAGGAGGGCCAGCGAGCGCCAGAGAAAAUGUUGUCGAUCUCGGUAAUCACCAUAUUUUGCGGGAUUCUCAUUACAACAACGAAUGCAGUUCCUUAUUCUAAGUAUGGAAGAAGCUGCAAAGAUAUCGGCUGCCGCUCCAAUGAAGUAUGCGUGAUGGCAGAGGAUCCCUGCUCUAUAUAUCAACGCGAUUCAUGCGGUCGUUAUCCAACCUGUCAACUUUCCAAUGGUGGAGCGGAGAACUGCUUAACAAAAAUCUGCCCGACUGGUCAAUAUUGUAAAACAGAAAAUGGAAGGCCAACUUGCAUCAACACAACACCCGCUUUAGUUGAGGACAUGUUUGCAGAGAGCAGUUACGAGAAGGAUUUGAUUCGUCGAGAUGAAGAGAGCCAGAGAGACGGUGGCAUGCCAGCAAGCUCACUGUAUCCGAAAUUGCCAUCUCCAUUGCAAGAUGAUGAAAAACCAACCUCCCUCGGCUCUGGUUAUCCUGCGGGCUCGGGCUAUCCUUCAGGAUCCGGUUAUCCAGAACCGAGUUCACCAACAAGCGAGCGCAAGCCCGCGUCCUCUGGCUCUGGUUAUCCUGCGGGCUCGGGCUAUCCAUCAGAAUCUGGCUAUCCAGCACCAAGUUCAGCAACAAGCAAUCGCAACCCAACAUCCUCCGGCUCUGGUUAUCCUGCAGGCUCGGGCUACCCAUUAGGAUCCGGCUAUCCAGCACCAAGUUCAGCAACAAGCAAUCGCAACCCAACAUCCUCCGGCUCUGGUUAUCCUGCAGGCUCGGGCUACCCAUUAGGAUCCGGCUAUCCAGCACCAAGUUCAGCAACAAGCAAUCGCAACCCAACAUCCUCCGGCUCUGGUUAUCCUGCAGGCUCGGGCUACCCAUUAGGAUCCGGCUAUCCAGCACCAAGUUCAGCAACAAGCAAUCGCAACCCAACAUCCUCCGGCUCUGGUUAUCCUGCAGGCUCGGGCUACCCAUCAGGAUCUGGCUAUCCAUCAAGUGGAAGCGGUUAUCCAGCAUAUCCAAAUUCCUCGUCUAGAAGAACCAGCUCCAAUACAAACAAUCACGGUCAAGAAUCAUAUCCAAAUCCAUAUAAUAAUCCUUACGGAGGCAAUCCUGUUCAAUCAGGUGGAUACCCUAAUCGAGGUGGGUACCCGAAUCAAAGUGGGUACCCUAAUCGAGGUGCAGAAAAUUCAAAUUAUCCAUCCAAUAAUCGCGGUGGAUAUUCACCCCAAGGUGGAUAUAAUCCAAACUAUGGAUCACCGACAACAAAGAAGCCGAGUCUUACUGAUCAAAUUACAGAAUACGCUAAGACUUUUGCUCAACGUGUAUUGACUCAAGCUAUAAUUGACAAAAUAUCAGGGAGAAACUAAAUUGGAAAUAUUCUUGUAAUUUCUAAUUAGUAUAAUUAUUAUUCUCAUAAAAUGCAAGAAGCUUACAUAUUACUCGUAAUUAUAUUAGUGCCAUAUACACGUACAUGAUCUUGUUGAAUAAGAAAGUUGAAGGAGAAUAUUUGAGAUUAUUUAUAUUUAUCUUUUGUAUCCUAUGGUUGACUAUUUUUGUAUUAUAUAUACAUAC